AUGCUCUCGUGGGAUGCAUUGAUAGGUGUCUGGACAGCCUCGUGGUGCGGACUGGUCUUGGUUCUAUCUCUUGCACAUAUAUUACGUGUUGGGAGACGGUUGGCUUGUGUAGUAGCUGGUCAAUCUCACUUAGAUCAGCAUAGACUAUUUCUUCUAAUGUUCUUUUUUUUUAAUUACGGUCUAAUACUCCUACUUUAG